AUGGCGGAGAUCCUUGAUCAACAGAGGGUCCCGUGUACAGGGACGGUUCCGGGGAUAGAACAAGGGCGGGCGGAUGCGGUGAGUGCGGGGGAUCAACAGGGUUAUGUACUGUACCUCACGACAUUGAAAAAAGAUGAAACUGGGGAUGGCUUCUGUCCCGUUGUUCCACAGCAUAUUUGGUGGUGGUGGAGAAGAACUGUUGAAUGCAACGGUUUGCUGUGGCUGCUGAAAGUAAGCAUUGCUCAGUCAGAUGUUGUCUCUCAAAAGUGA